AAGCAACAGUCCACACACGGAUCACUUCCAGCUUUCUCCUUCCUCUGCGAUUCGCUGCUCUCCGACCCACUACUUUUCCGAUCCAUUUGCUCUUUCUUUCUCUUCCGCCAUGGCUGUUUCUUCUCACGCUACACUCAUUGGUUCGGCCUCCUUCGAUGGCCGCUACGAUCCUAAUUCCGGCGUUGCACCUUGUCUUCGGACGCACAGCUAUGCCCGAUUUGCCCAACCCAAAUCGGUGAAAGGGACGUUGGCGUCUCACGCCUUAUCUUCUUCUCGGAUUUUCAAGUUCCCGCCGAAUUUCCUCAGGCAACUCAGUAACAAGGCGCGUAGGAACUGCAGCAAUAUUGGCGUCGCACAGGUUGUUGCGGCUUCGUGGUCGAACAACUCCCCUCCUUCUCCCUCGGCGGCGGCGGCUACUUCCGUCGACGCCGCUGCCGCUGCCUCAGUGUCUGCCGCGUCUGAUGCGGUGGCACUGGAAGGUUGCGUUGGGAAUGAGAGUUUGAAGGUGGAGGAGGAUUUAGGUGAUUCCAGAACCUCUGUCUUCGAUUCCGACGGGAGUGUUGCUAUCCACGCUGGCGAACGAUUUGGUCGUGGUAGAGUUGACGACGCUAUUACGACGCCGGUGGUUAAUACUUCCGCUUAUUUCUUCAAGAAAACUGCUGAUCUCAUUGAUUUCAAGGAGAAGCGUGCUGUAAGUUUCGAGUAUGGGCGCUAUGGAAAUCCAACGACAAUUGUUGCGGAGGAGAAGAUAAGUGCUUUAGAAGGGGCUGAAUCUACCCUGAUUGUGGCCUCAGGCAUGUGUGCUAGUACGAUGAUGUUUCUGGCGUUGGUUCCUGCUGGAGGGCAUAUCGUGACGACCACAGAUUGCUAUAGGAAGACAAGGAUUUUUAUUGAAACCAUUCUUCCCAAAAUGGGAAUCACGGCUACGACCAUUGAUCCUGCGGAUAUGAACAGCCUUGAAGUAGCUCUGAAAGAAAAUAAAGUUUCUAUUUUCUUCACUGAAUCCCCAACCAAUCCAUUUCUGAGAUGUGUUGACAUUAAACUCGUUUCAGAGCUUUGUCAUCAACAUGGAGCAUUGGUUUGUAUAGAUGGUACCUUUGCAACACCAUUGAACCAGAAAGCGCUUUCACUCGGGGCCGACUUGGUUAUUCACUCUGCUACAAAGUAUCUUGGGGGUCAUAAUGAUGUCCUUGCUGGUUGUGUAAGCGGUUCUCUGAAACUGGUUUCUGAGAUUCGAAACCUUCAUCAUGUAAUAGGUGGCACUUUAAAUCCAAAUGCUGCAUACUUACUUAUACGAGGCAUGAAGACGUUGCAUCUUCGUGUUCAGCAGCAAAAUUCCUCAGCUUUGAGGAUGGCAAAGCUUUUAGAGGCUCAUCCUAAGAUCAAAUGUGUUUACUACCCUGGGCUACCAAGUCAUCCUGAGCAUAAUCUUGCCAAAAGACAGAUGAGUGGUUUCGGGGGCGUAGUUAGUUUUGAGGUUGAUGGGGAUUUAACGACCACCAUAAAAUUCAUUGAUUCAUUAAAAAUUCCAUAUAUUGCCCCAUCAUUUGGUGGGUGCGAGAGUAUCAUAGACCAGCCAGCAAUAAUGUCAUAUUGGGAUCUUAACCAAACAGAGAGGCUCAAGUAUGGGAUAAAGGACAAUUUGGUGCGGUUCAGCAUUGGAAUUGAAGAGUUUGAGGAUUUGAAGGCCGAUAUUCUGCAGGGUCUUGAGGCCAUUUAAAGCCUAAGCCUAUGCCUGCAAAAGCCAAUGAACCUACACCUCUCGUUCUAUUUAAAUAUCAUCUUUUUUGCUUUGUCAAUUGGGAUUUGCCAACUCUGGUGGUAUUGUCGGCGACUGCGACGUUGAUUUGAUGGAAAUGGUGCCAGGGGCGAAAAAGUGAACCCCCCAGGCAUUUGUGGUGGUUGGUGUUCUUCUUAACCAAUUAUUCAAAAUCAUGUUAGGCCAUUGCUUUCUAUUGCCUAAAGUUAACAAUAUCAGGUUCUGAAAUUUCGUUCUAUGAUAUAAAUUUUAAUAAUUUAUUUUUAAGAA